CCUCAAAAGGCAGAUUCGUCCAGUACCGCCACAUCUACCAAGAUGAAAUCCGUCGUUUUCCUAGCGUGUUUGGCUUUUGCCUUCGCUGCUCCUUUUUACGGCCAACCAAAAGACAUCCGCAUCGGUCACGACGGCACCAUAGUGGUAAGCGUACCGGGAGGUAAGAGGGUAGUCUUCACUACUCCCCAGCAGUUCGACAAAUACGUCGAAGUGGUCGUGAGUCCCGUCCACGGCCCUACUAGGACCAUCCAAAUCGACAACCAUAACCAAAUCGUUAGGGACUACCUUCAACCCUACCAUAAGUCGGCCUACCAACGAGAACUGGAAUAUGGUCUCUCCACCGGAAUGACUACCGAACCUUUUGGAGUUUUGGGGCAGAUGUACCAUAUCUUCAAAGAUUACCAAGGGGUGAACGAUGCUCAAACUUAUGGUCACGUCUUGAAUCAAGUCAGGAUAGCGGUCCAACGUGGUGAAAUCCCUGACGUAAUCUACGAAGCUUUGGCGAACAUCGACGACCAGUUCCACGCCCAGCAACAAUUCGAUAGCGUCCCUGAGCUGAUCCAGCAGGCUCAGCAGGUCGAGCAAGUCGCCCGCCAAACCGUGAGGCAGUUGCAGCGAUUCUAUCAGAGCCGCGGCUGGUUCCAUUCCGUAUGGAUGGGUCAGCAGUUCCAACGACAGAUUCAGGAAGCCGAGGCGCUGGUCCAGGCGGCGCAACAAGUCCUUCAGCAGUUGACCCAAAACCAAAAGUUCCAACAUAGUUCUUACCAGACCUACGGCUAUUUGAACAACCAAUUCCCGGGACCUUACGCUGCCUGGCCAUUCACCGGAAACUACGGGUACUCCAAGGCUUUCUGGCAAAGCCCCGUCUGGUGGCUUAACAGAGGUAGACAGAGCUAUGGCUCUCAGUACUACGGCAACAACUAUCAACAAAUGUACCCUAGCAUGCAGACGAUGAGAUGGCAACUGCAUCAGUUGCAUCAACAAAGUUACCAACUUAUGCAGCAACAGCAACGCGUAGCCAAUGAACUGGAGCAAAUGUUGGAACAGAUGCAGUCCGGUGAAUCCCAGAGGGAGGAGACUGAGGUUCUGGUUAACCAACAAACGCGAAUGGUGCGACAACAGUUAGCGUACCAACGAGAGAUCGUGCAACUUCACCAACAGCUCUCUCAGCAGUGGUUCGGCCAAGGCGGUUCCGGACGCGGAUACGGUACACCAGGCUAUGACCAGUCUUGGUACAGCGCAAUUGGUUUUGGACGAACCGGUUACCAGCCUUAUAUGGGCAUGGCCUACUAAAGGCGGCAACAGACUGACGGCGACGUUAAUUGAUGUUAUAACGAGCACUAAAUAAAUUAAGAUAAUAGAUAUUAUUUAAUGUGUUUUCAUUUGCAAUUAUUAUGGUCUGAACUGAGAAUCUAGCCUACAAUGUAUAGCCUACACAAUA